AUGUCAAGGAAUGUUCUGAAUCACUUAAGUAAGAUGCCGUUGCCUUUUUCCAUAAAACGAACUCUGAUGAGACAUGAGGAUCGUGGCAAAGUUGUAUGUAUUAUACUGCUGACUUCACUAUUUACAAUCAUGCCAGUUGGGUAUCAUAUGGUCGCUUUGAAUGUUCCCGAAGAAGUUAUUCAACGAUCAAUGAACCAGAGUUUAUAUAAUAUAUUCGGAGUGGUGCUAUCGUCCAGCUCUGUUGCAUUGCUUUGGUCAAUAGUGGUAUCCUGUCAGAGUAUAGGGGCUCUGCUGGGUUGCUUGAUGGUCACUCCGCUGCUGAAUCGAUGUGGCGUUAAAACAUGCGCACUUCUACCGCUUUUCGUUCAACAAAUCGCUCCGAAGGAGAUCAAGAGUUCUCUAAGCUGUUUCAUACAUAUUUCCGUAUGUUUUGGUGCCGCUAUCGGGGCGAUACUUUCAUUGGAUUUCAUGCUUGGUGGCACAGAAACUUGGGGAUAUCUGUUGGUCGCUCCAGGAUUACUUGGAGUGUUGCAAAUUGCUGCAGAUUUUUUAAUCCCUGAAACACCUAACUAUUACCUUCAAACUGGCAGCUACAUCCAAGCUAUUCAGUCAAUUAAGUGA